GAGACUGAGUUGGUGCAGGCCAAGGACAGGGAGAUUCAGCAGCAACUGCGGGAGAAGGAGCAGCAGAUGAAACAGACAGAGACUGAGUUAGUGCAGGCCAAGGACAGAGAGAUAGCCCUGCUUCAGCAGCAACUGGGGGAAAAGCUACAUGCAGAUGAUCCUAUUCUCACGAAACAAUAUUUUUGGUACACCGGAAAGCAAAUGGACUUCAUCUGGGAAGAAGCUGGCAUCAGUCUGCACUUCCCUGCUGCUUGCUGUGAGAGAGACAUAAAGAUUUCCGUUGGAAUCUUCACAGACCUCGAACAAAAUUGUAUCCUACCUCAGCUCAUGCCUAGGGCAAGUUCGACUUAUGAGGUUAAAGCAAGUGCCCCGCUGCCUGCUCCAGUCAGAGUGAGGAUAGAACACUGUGCAAUUGUAGAGAAAGAAAACUCUUUGGUCCAUAUGGUAGCACACGGUGGUGCCCCCUACAAAUUUAUACCUUUAAACGGUGGACAUUUUCCACUGAAUAAAUCAUAUGGGGAAAUAGAAAUGGAGGAAUUUUGCAUUUUGACGAUUCUAUAUAACAUUAUGGAAUAUAAAAUGAUGUUAGCUGUUUUUGUUUUUCACCUGAAGGAGAACAAUACCAUUCACUUUUUAGUAACAAAAAACACUCCAGCAAACUGUACGGCUGUACAAAACAAGUACACAAAUGCAUCAAGUCUUCGAUCGCAUACCAUGCGGUACUUCUACGGAACAACUGAAAUUUCACUUUCAAUACGAGAACUUCCUCCUGAUUGCGACGGAUGGAUCAUUGAAACAAGUUGCAAACCUGCAAUAGUCCGACAUGCUCGGCGUCCACACCUACGAACCAGGUAGUGUAAUCCCAAAAAUCGAACUGAAACUGAAAUGGCAGGGAACUGGAGAGCCCAAAGAGGAAGGAGUUGAAAUUGGAGUACAGGGAGGAAGUAUGGAUUCGUUCACUUUGUCCUGUAAACCGGAAAACCCCGAGAAAUCAGCCCCCGUUCUUCCCCAGCCGCAAAACCAGUCGUCGCCCCAGCAGCAAAACCAGUUGUCGCCCCAGCAACCCUCCCCAAGUACGUUACCACUACCGCAGCUGAAGACGAUUGCGAAAUCAGACAGACCUACUCUACAACUGCUUCUGAGUUUCCCCACAAAAUCAGGAAGUCCCAUUAACAUCAUUGAAAGGAUUGGAACAGCAUACCGCAAACUUGGGAUUAUUCUACUGGAAGAUAAGCACGGAUCACUUACAGACAACAUUGAAGCCACACACAGAUCUGAUCCUGUUCGAAUAACUGAAACUAUUCUUUAAAAGUGGCUUGAUAUAAAAAACCACGAAGUUGGAGUGAGCUGAUUGCUGCACUAAAGAAAAUAGAACUUUGCACAUUGGCAUACGACUUGGAAGGAAAUUUUUAAAAUUCAUGCUCAUAAUAGUGUGGGUCAAUUAGCAAAACAUUUGGUCAUGAAGAGGGAGAGUUUCGUAGUCUCAUCUCUUGCAUGUGUAUGUAUCAAUGGUUUUAUACAUGUAUGCGACCAUUAUUUAAAAACAAG